GUAGUUUGCAUUCGAGAGUCGAGCCGAGCUGUUGUCUAUAAGCGAGAGCAACGCGAGUGUAGCCAAACGAUCCUUGAGCCACAUAUCCUUUCAAAGUGAAAAAAGACUAACUAUAAAUACCAAUGCGUUUCACUUACCUUUUGCUGUUAUCCUUGUGCGUGUGCGCUGCCGUUUGGCCAGCAAAUGCGCUCGAGUGCUACGAAUGCGUUGGAUCCGAUUGUAAUGAUCUGAACGAGGAUCAGCUGGUUAGUUGCGAGCUAGAUGAUAUUCCAGCGUCGACAACAACUACGGAAGGCUCAACGUCAGAGUCAUCGUCGAGCUCAACGGAGUCGGAGUCAAGUGAUUCGACGACAACACCGUCUGGUACCACUGAUCCCACCAGCGAUGACACAACGGAAACCACUUUAAAAUCCACCGAGACCUCCACGCCAACGGCGGAAACAGGAUCAACCACAUCAUCGGAUACCAGUGAAUCCACCGGAACCUCAGAAGCAGAGACAACUCCAGCUGAAACAACAGAAUCUUCAACAACGCCUGACACAUCAGAGUCUACUGGUUCCCCAGCAUCAUCCAGUUCAUCGGAACCAACUACAGUUGAAAGCAGCGAAGCUUCCACAACGAUCGAUACAUCAGAAUCCAGUUCAUCGGAACCAACUACAGCUGAAAGCAGCGAAGCUUCCCCAACGAUCGACACAUCAGAGUCUACCGGAUCCUCAGCAUCCAGUUCAUCGGAACCAACUACAGCUGAAAGCAGCGAAGCUUCCCCAACGAUCGACACAUCAGAGUCUACCGGAUCCUCAGUAUCCAGUUCAUCGGAAGCAGCUACGGAUUCCUCAACAAGCCCUGAAUCCACAACGAUAAAUGGAGAGUCCACAACGAUUGCUCCAAAUGGAAAGCAAGCCGCUUUUGCUGCCGGCGCUCGAUCCAGCCGUGCGCGUCGCUCAUUGGCCGCCCAGGCAGCCGAUCAGCUGAUUCGCAACUAUCGGUCCCUUGAGCCAUCCGCAAGAGCCGUUGAAUAUCGUACGGCGGCCUGCUACAGCAUCGAGAAAGAUGGCGUGCUUAAUCGCGGCUGCGUUCGCAUACCAGUUGGCCAGAGUGGCUGCCAGGCGGUGCGCGAGAAAGUUGGUUUGCCGGAGGACGCUGUGGGAGAUCUGUGCGACGUGUGCCAGAUGGAUCGCUGCAAUGGCAGUGGCAGUCUACGGAUGUCCUUGGCAGCGCUGCUGCUGCUUGUGGGCAUAGGGCUGAAGAGCCUCUUCUAAGGCUUAUGUUAAUUUUAUAAUAUACAUAUAUAUAUGUAUUGUAUAUCUAUAUUAUAUAUAAAUAUGCUUAUUUCCAUUAGGUGAUUUGUAUUUGUACUUCAAGAUGAAAUUAUUAAACGGUAUAAUAAAAAUAAAAAGAUAAUAAACCAUA